CUUUACUCGAGAGUUAGCGCUUCACUUGCAAUAGUACCUUUGGCGGGCAAAAUAUCAGCGUGCGUGCGCGGUAUCUCAUGGUGUCGGCGUCCCCGUUGCAUGAUAUCAUAUGCAGGUUUGCAAUCGAUCUGCUAGUCAUCCGGUUUGCCUGGCACUUCAACUUACCAGUACCCUGCAUAUACUGCCGUUGUCUCUCUCCUUGAGACCUCACUCGACCAGCUUUACUACGGCGUCUCGGCGAACAAUACUCAGUGAUCUCUUCGGCCCCCCUCGCAACAUUUGUGGUUUCGAGAAUUCCCGUAUGCAACAAGUGUUCGCUCACAGACACUGCUACUGCUACUACAUAGCCGCCAUGUACUUCAAACGCCUGCAAGGCAUAACAAUAUACUAUAUUGUAAAAACUACUAUGUUAGUCCGCCGCGCAACAAAAUGGACUGCUCCCAACCCGAAGCCAACAGCAAUCACUUUUCAAAUUCACCGUCACACCCCCAGUACGCUCUGUGGCAUCUGCGACAUCUGCGCCUGCUACAGCAAUGACUAUCUGAACCUCCGAGUCGCAUCUACUUGAAGUGCAAUUCCGGUGCUUCCCCCACCUACAAGGCGAAUUGGCGCUAGGUUCUCCUCCGGGUACGAAACUGGCUCCGUGAAGGGCAUCAUCUCCUG